AUGUUCUCGUCGGAGGAGGACGAGUCCGCCGCGGCGCAGAAGCUUGCGGACUUCCUCUUCAACUCCUACGCCGACGACAUUCACCGCAUCCUCCUCGACGACGAUCCCUCCAAGCUCUAUUUCCCUCUCGUUAUUGAAUUCUCUGAGCUUAUGGAGUUCGACCCCAAGUUCGCCGGCAAGCUCUACUUAGAUCCCCAUAAGUACCUACCCUUCCUCAAAUACGCCGCACAAUGGGCCCAGGACAAGGUGUUGAAGAAAUUGGGGAAUUCGAAAACCACAGAGAAGAAGAGGUCCGUGCAUGUGCGUAUCGAUGUCACUGGAUCGCCGCUAGAAUCCCCUGAGGUCUCCCCAAGUAUUGGAAAGGUGAGGGUGAAGCACAUGAGGAAAUUGAUUGCUCUGAAGGGAACUGUGAUCAGAUCUGGUUGUGUGAAGAUGAUUGAGUAUGAGAGGUGCUACAUGUGCAGGAAGUGCAAACACAGCUUCGAGGUCUAUCCUGAGUUGGAGGCUAGGAAUCGUAUAAAUCUUCCUUUAUUGUGCCCAAAGGCUUCAAGUGGCUGUACAAGUGCUUCUUUUGAGUUUGUAGAAGGUAGCACCAUUUGCCGUGAUUACCAAGAAAUCAAAAUUCAAGAGAAUGUACAGCUUCUUGGUAUUGGGUCUAUACCCCGCUCCAUGCCUGUAAUUUUGAUGGAUGACCUUGUUGAUAGCAUUAAAGCUGGAGAUGAUGUCAUUAUUACGGGCAUAUUAUCUGCCAAAUGGUCUCCUGAUAUUAAGGAUGUGCGGUCCAACCUUGAUCCUAUGCUGCUUGCCAAUUAUGUGAGGAGAACAAAUGAGCUGAAGGUUGAUGUAGACAUUCCCGUGGAAACUAAAGUCAAGUUUGAGCGUUUCUGGAAAAAACACAGGGACAGGGAUACUCCCCUACAAGGAAGAAAUCUUAUCUUGGAAGGCAUCUGUCCUCAAAUUUUUGGGCUAUUCACGGUGAAGCUUGCAGUUGCUCUUACAUUAAUUGGUGGAGUGCAGCAUGUUGAUGCUUCUGGAACAAAGGUUCGUGGAGAACCCCAUAUGCUUCUUGUUGGUGAUCCAGGUACUGGUAAAUCCCAAUUUUUGAAGUUUGCUGCUAAAUUGAGCAACCGCUCUGUGAUCACAACUGGUCUCGGAAGCUCCAGUGCUGGUUUAACUGUCACAGCUGUCAAGGAUGGAGGGGAGUGGAUGCUUGAGGCUGGUGCUCUUGUUUUGGCUGAUGGUGGUUUAUGCUGCAUAGAUGAAUUUGACAGCAUGCGAGGGCAUGACAGAACAACAAUACAUGAAGCCAUGGAGCAACAGACAAUAAGCAUUGCGAAGGCUGGACUAGUUACGACACUCAGUACAAGGACUACUGUAUUUGGUGCCACGAAUCCGAAAGGGCAAUAUGACCCUAAUGAAAGUUUGUCUGUGAAUACAACACUUUCAGGACCAUUGUUGAGUAGAUUUGAUAUAGUCCUUGUUCUUCUGGAUUCACAAAAUACUGACUGGGAUGAAGUAGUUUCAUCUCAUAUAUUGAAGGAGAAUGUUGAUGGAAAGAAAGAUAAGACAGAUGCUUCUGAUCUAGAGUGGACACUCCCCCAGUUGAGAAGGUACAUCAAUUAUGUAAGGAAGGAGUUUAAACCAGUGCUGACAAAGGAGGCAGAAAGAGUUAUCUCGAGCUAUUAUCAGCUACAGAGAAAAUCAGGAACACAUAAUGCAGCAAGGACAACAGUGCGUAUGCUUGAAAGUUUGAUAAGGCUAGGGCAAGCACAUGCAAGAUUAAUGUGCAGUAAUGAGGUUACACAACUUGAUGUCAUUGCUGCCAUAUUAUGCAUGGAAUCCUCCAUGACAACAUCUCCAAUAGUGGAUAUUGCUGGAAAUGCUCUGCACUCAAAUUUUACAGAUCACCCUGAUGAAGAAUGUAUCCUAACAUCCAUGAAAAAUACUUGUCUAUUUCUUCGCCAUGCCUGCAGAAGCAAUGAUAGUAGGAUGUACAUUAGAUGUGGUGUAUUCUCUCAGGAAAUGUUGUGGUACAAAUUUCCUUUUGCUAACUGCCUCAGUGCCAGUUGA